AUGCCAGAUAAAGCUUUUCGUAGUCAUUGUAAUCAAAGAACCUAUGAUAUGACUUCAUAUUACUUGGCAUCAUGUUUAUCAUCAAUGACAAAUGAUAAUUCCAAAUCAUCAAAUAAUGCAAUGUGUAUGGUAAGCGAAUGGUCAUCAUGGUCACAUUGUUGUGUAACAUGUGAUACAGGAAUGCGUAUUCGUUCUCGUACAAUGUUAAAAGGUCGAGAUAAUCCUCAAUGUCAAUCAGAAUAUCAAUUAAUGGAAAAAGAAACAUGUCAUGGAAUGAAACCAUCAUGUCAACAAGGCCGUUUAACAGAUAUAAUAGAAAAAAAAACGUAUAUUGGUUGUGGUGCUAAUGAUGAUAAUUUUCUUACACGUGAUGCAUGUGAAGAUACAUGCGAUAUUUUAUUACGUGGACGAACAGAGGAUGGUAAAGAUACACGUUGUAUGACAUUACCAUGGUCAGAAUGGAGUGCUUGUUCAUCUGUUUGUAGACAAGAAUUUCGUGAUUGUGAAGUACUUUCUGAUUCAGCACAAAUAUAUCGUUUAUCAGAUACACGAAAAACAAUGAUUAAAAGUAUGGAAACAGCUGAAAAAAAAAAUAAAUGUAUUCAACCAUUUGAACCAGGUCCAUGUACAAAAUUUAUUAAUCGAUUCUCUUUUGAUGUAACAACACGUAAAUAUUCAAACUUCCAAUACGAUGAAUGUAGAGACGAUGAAAAUAAUUUUAUGACACAAGAUGAAUGUGAAGCUAUGCGGGAUGAACUUAUUCAAAAUCAUAAAUCAAGUAUAGGUUUUUUUUCUAAGACGCAUGAUCGUUUUUUUCUUAUUUCAAUUAGUGAAUGGUCAUCAUAUAUGAAUGCUAUCUGUCAUCAAGUAGGUACACAAAUUCGAACAAGAAUGUAUGCAAAUAAACGAGCAGCUAUGGCUGCACAUUGUACAGAACAUUUGGAACAACAAUGUACACUUGAUGGUGAUAAUAAUCAGUCGAAAAAUAAACAGAAAGAAAUGAUGAUGACGAGUCUUUGGUCAAAACAAUCACAUCCAAAAGAUUGGCUACCUGAACAUCUUCAUUGGUCUGAUAUCAUUGGAGCUGUUCAUAGUGAAGAAUAUUCAUUGUGGAAUUUUGGUGAUAUUGCAAGUAAUGGUCUUAAACAAACUAAAUUGGGUGUUAUUCGUAAUUUGAUGAUUGUACUUGGUCUUUGGACAGUUAAUACAAAUAACUAUGAAGAAUUACAUCAUCCAAUUGAUGCUGGAACAGAUAUGGGCGUUCGAUAUGAUGGUCCUAAACGACCGGAGAAUCCGCGCAAUCAACCACCUCCAUUUGCUAAAUUGAGUAUUAAACGAAUUAUGGUACAAGGUGUAGCUUGUCCAAAUGGUCGACCAUAA